GUUCACAAGGGGAAUAAGUGAGUGAUGUUUGAAACAGUUGGAGCUGUGUGAGACUCUACAGGUACUGGAUUGGUGUCAACUUAUUCCUCACUAAAUUCUUGUAUCUGGACGUAAAUAGGCUCCAAUUUAGCCCAUUACUUUAAUAGGAGUGACGGAGAACGAGGGGCCGCUCCGCGUUUCUCCCUGAAAACCAACACGACGAUUGGCCUCAAUCACAGAUGCCACAUUUUCCACCAAUUUCCGUCACGUACGUCCGUGUCAUUGGUUGCGACCGGGUGUUCGCGUUCUCCAGCCGGAGCCAAUUGGCCGCAGCCUUGUUCUCGCGCACAUCUGAGGCGCGACGGCCGUGGCGACACCGCGCUGCGGUGAUUACUGCUAUUUCACAUUUCCUGUUAUUUCACUGACACGAGCUUUGAGGCGCGCGUUUCGCCCCCGACGGCUGCAAAGCGCUCGGUCCAAACGAGCACCAGUCCAGCUCUUUAUCGGCCUCUCUGGGACCGUGCUGGUGCUGUCGGAUGCGUAGCUCCACGAAGCGUUCCUGAGUCCCCCGAGGAGCCCCACUGAGCGCGUGCAGCUCUGUCCGGGCGCUGUCGGCGUGAUGUAGAGCGCUGCACCGCGCGCGCCCCGCUCGGGCCUGUAAUGGCUUGCAGGCCGUGUUUGCGUUGGCUGUCAUUGCAUCAGGCCCAGAAGAAGCUGAUAUCCAGCGGAGGAGGUACUUCCACCGCUCAAACAGCCUGGAAGCGGCGGGCUGCAGCUUCAAGAGCUGGAAAACGAGGAAGAAUCCCAGUCGUAAAAACGUCGUUUGUUAAAAUGAAUCAGCUCUGCCACGGGAGCAGGAGGACGUUCAGCCCCUCACUGGAAAAAUAACUUCAUUUCCACGAGCGGCUUGAAUUGAAGCAUCAGCACAUUUUUAAUUUCCUCCACCACUUACAUCACGUGACGAUGGAGCAGAUGCGCUGACACCCAAUGUACUGAAUGCAGGAACUGAACAGAGACCGAUGAGGAACCAGCUGCGGUGUCUGCAGACUCGGCCCAACGGCAUCACUCAGACGGACGGCGGCGAAGGAAGGUUCGGAUUAGACCGUGUCAGGACGUCACAGACACCGGGCUUCAUGCAGAACAGCGACAUCAGAGCUGAACCCUGACCCGUCGGAGUGACCCCCGCCCCUAAACUAAUCCAGUCCACGGCCUCGCAGACCCCCGUCUUUAACGGUACAUUGAGAAGCAUCGGGACGAGGGAUGACGGUUCCCCGUAAUGAGCGGGGCCGCUGCGGGUCACGGCGUGGGGGAACCGGAGAUGCUAAAUUGCUCCCAUUCUUUCUCCGCCGCCGCAGCCUUUGAUGGCGCUCCGCGUGCCGACGCGCACGAGAGAUGGAGGACGUGUCACGAGCCGGGAGCGAGUGGCGCAAAGCAGAACAAGGUGCGGCGUUGUGGAGAGCGAGAAACGGGCUUUGUGCCGGCGCAAAGGUGCACUCGGAAGAAUGGAAGUCGCAGAAAAUUCACAGACGUAAACACGACGCCGCGGUUUCACAGUGAACCGUACGCCACCACUCAUGAUUUAAUCCGCUCCAUGUGCGCCAUUAUAAGAGAAUCAAGAGAGACACAUUAAACUUUAUUAACAGUUGUUUAUUAUUUCACAUCACUCCUGAUUCCAUUUCAGCCAAACGAGCAUGUGAAGGUAAAGGCUGUUUCAACAAAGCAGAGACUGACGUAAGUGGUAAAAUACAGGCACAUAAUUACUUCUGACAGUUCGUUCAGAGUCCGCACAAGAAUCGCAUUGUAUCCGACAAACGCGCAAUAGUGACAUUAUCAAAUAUGUUCUAGUUUUUGAUUAGUGGCGCUCUGUGGCACGAGGAGGAACCAGCGUUUGGGUUUUAUCAUCGAUUUUGGCUUGGAAUUAGUUACUUGUCUCUUGAUUUGCCGCGAGUUUGAAACAGGAGUUUUCCAAACAGCCCUGGAGCUUUGAUAGUCUUAAUUGUACAUUAAACAGCACAGGUUCCAGGUAGUAGCUGUUCUGGUGCUUUCUCACUAAAUCCCUCUUAUGUUUCCAACUCACUCGUUUUGCCAAAUGGGUUUUUUCCACGUCCAAACGUCUGUCGCGCCGUCCUGCAGUUCCCGCGGCGCCCACACGAUGGCGACACGUGGCUAAUCAGAGCCAUGUGGUCACGUCUGCUCUGCGAAGUUUGUAGGAAGGAUUAGGCUCCGGACAGAGGAGGAAAGUGAGCCGGACUCCGGAGCAGAGGAGAGGCGCAGAACCCAGAACAGACGCAGACAACUUUCCUCCAGCCUCACGUUUUUUCCGGGGGGAGACCUUUUGGUGCGCGUCGAGGAAGCGGCGCACCAGCUUUCAAGGCUCUGCAGUCGUAGGAAUUCCUUUGGCGGGACUCGCUGUUGAAUUGUGAGAGUGUGAGUAGUGGAUGUAAAAAAAAAAAAAAAACAAGCGGGCGAAGAUUUGAACGCAAAGCCGGAGGAAUGUGUCCAAGUCGGGCAGCGGCGCGCCUCCGUCUCCGGGGACGUCCCGGCGGCGCCCUGUGGAUCGUCCUGCUUCUCCACGGUGUCCUGGACGUGAGCGCGUCUGGGCCUGAGUUCCCCCAGGACCCCAGUGUGCUCGCCGCCGCGUCGUGGAACAUGUCUAGCGACGGGCCCCUCUUCAUCCGCCUGGAGGCGCCCAUGAACAACAUCACCACGUCCCUGGGGCAGACGGCCGAGCUGCUGUGCCGCGUGGCGGGCAACCCGCCGCCCGCCGUGCGCUGGCUGAAGAACGACGCGCCCGUCAUGCAGGAGCCGCGCCGCGUCUCCUUCCGCUCCACGCCGUACGGCUCGCGCCUGCGCAUCCGCAACCUGGACACCACCGACACCGGCUACUUCCAGUGCGUGGCCACCAACAGCCAGGGCACCGUGUCCACGACCGGCGUGCUGUUCGUCAAGUUUGAUCCACUCCCCACGUCUCUGCCAGGGAGGCCCACGGUGGACUUUGAUGAGGAGGGAUUCUGCCAGCCGUACAGAGGCAUCGCCUGCGCCCGCUUCAUCGGCAACCGCAGCAUCUACGUGGAGUCGCUGCAGAUGCAGGGCGAGAUCGAGACCCAGAUCACAGCGGCCUUCACCAUGAUCGGGACGUCCAACCACUUGUCCGACCGCUGCUCCCAGUUCGCCAUCCCCUCCCUCUGCCACUUCGCCUUCCCCACGUGCGACCGCAGCUCGGGGGCGGACAAGCCCCGCGACCUCUGCAAGGACGAGUGCGAGAUCCUGGAGAACGACCUGUGCAAGACGGAGUACAUCAUCGCCCGCUCCAACCCUCUGAUCCUCAAGAGGCUGAAGCUGCCCAACUGCGACGAGCUGGCGGCUUCCGAGAGCCCCGAGGCGGCCAACUGCCUGCGCAUCGGCAUCCCCAUGGCCGAGCCCAUCAACAAGAACCACAGGUGUUACAACAGCAGCGGCGUGGACUACCGCGGCACCGUCAGCGUGACCAAGUCCAAGCGCCAGUGCCAGCCCUGGAACUCCCAGUAUCCCCACAGCCACCAGUACCUGGCCGUCCACUACCCGGAGCUCAACGGGGGCCACUCCUACUGCCGCAACCCGGGCAACAAGCACGAGGCGCCCUGGUGCUUCACGCUGGACGAGGCCGUGCCCAUGGAGCUCUGCGACAUUCCCAUCUGCGAUCACAAAGACAAAUCUGGCGGCGGCAACAUGGAGAUCCUGUACAUCCUGGUUCCCAGCGUGGCCAUCCCCCUGGCCAUCGCCCUGCUCUUCUUCUUCAUCUGUGUGUGCCGCAACAACCAGAAGUCCUCCAGGCCUCCGGCGCCGCGGCCCAAACCGGUGCGCGGCCAGAACGUGGAGAUGUCCAUGCUGACCACCGCCUACAAGCCCAAGCAGUGCAAGGCCAAGGAGCUCCCUCUGUCGGCGGUGCGCUUCAUGGAGGAGCUCGGGGAGUGCGCCCUCGGGAAGAUCUACAAGGGCCACCUGUACCUGCCGGGCAUGGAGCAGGCGCAGCUGGUCGCCAUCAAGACCAUGAAGGACAUCACCAGCGGGCAGCAGUGGGGCGACUUCCAGCAGGAGGCCGCGGUGCUGACGGAGCUCCAGCACCCCAACGUGGUGUGCCUGCUGGGCGUGGUGACCCAGGAGCAGCCCGUCUGCAUGCUCUUCGAGUUCCUCCCUCAGGGCGACCUGCACGAGUUCCUCAUCAUGCGCUCGCCGCACUCGGACGUCGGCUGCAGCAGCGACGAGGACGGAACGGUGAAGUCCAGCCUGGACCACGGAGACUUCCUGCACAUGUCCAUACAGGUUGCGGCUGGGAUGGAGUACCUGGCCAGCCACUUCUACAUCCACAAGGACCUGGCAGCGCGCAACGUUUUAGUGGGCGAGCAGCUCCACGUCAAGAUCUCAGACCUGGGUCUGUCCAGAGAGAUCUACUCCUCAGACUACUACUGCUUCCAGCCCAAAACGCUGCUGCCCAUCCGCUGGAUGCCGCCCGAGGCCAUCGCCUACGGCAAGUUCACCACGGACUCGGACAUCUGGUCGUUCGGGGUGGUGCUGUGGGAGAUCUUCAGCUACGGCCUGCAGCCCUACUACGGCUUCUCCAACCAGGAAGUGAUGGAGAUGGUGAGAAAGCGGCAGCUGCUGCCCUGCCCCGAGGACUGUCCCCCCAGGUUCUACGGCCUGAUGACGGAGUGCUGGCAGGAGGGGCCAGCGCGCCGGCCGCGCUUCAAGGACGUCCACGCGCGGCUCAGAGCCUGGGAGGGGCUGUCGUCUCACGCCAGCUCCAGCACGCCCUCUGGUGGCGGGGGGAAUGCCACCACCCAGACGACCUCGCUGAGCGCCAGCCCCGUCAGCAACCUCAGCAACCCGCGCUACGCCGCCGCCGCCGGGUACCUCUACCCGGCACAGGCCAUUCCGGCCCCGGCCCAGAUGGCGCCCAUCCCGGCCUGGACGCCCAUGGCGGUGCCACAGCCCCACCAGCGCUUCAUCCCCGUCAACGGGUACCCCAUCCCGCCGGGGUACGCCGCGUUCCCCGCCCACUUCCCGCCGCCGGCUCCUCCCACCAGGGUGAUCCAGCACCACCUGCCGCCGCCCAAGAGCCGCUCGCCGAGCAGCGCCAGCGGCUCCACCAGCACGGGCCACGUCAGCGGCGUGCCCUCCACCACCGGCUCCGCCCACGACGCCAACACGCCGCUGCUGUCGCACUGCAUCAUGCCGGAGGGCGGCGGCGCGCUGGUGCAGGUGUACGGACAGGUCUCCCAGAAGGGGGUGGGGCAGCUGGACCACGCGUCGCAGACGGCGGCGCUGCUCGCCGACGCCGACGUCCUCAUGUACCACGACUCGGUGAUCACCGCGGACCUGUAGGGGGCGGAUGCUCGCACGCGUCCGGGCCGGGACCCACAGACCAGAGGCUCAGUCUCAUGCAUGGGCGCCCACGGCAACAGGCCAGUGUGUGAGAAACACCUAUAUAAACAGCUGUUUGACUCUUUAACGCCUUAGUCCUUAAAGCAAGUGUACUUACUAUCAUGGUUUGAGAAUGUUGUGUUAUUAUUUUAACCGCUGUGUAAAUACGGUACAUACGUCCCGAAUGAAUGAAACACAAAGAUAUAUAUUCAAAAGACAUUUUAUUAUGGAGCAAAACACUUUAGUGUGAGAGACAAUUGUGUGUCAGUGGACUUCCUCCAGGACGUGAAGGAGACACUGGAUUUGUACUUGGUGCCUUCAGAUCGAUGGAAAACAUGUGUGAGCCGAGAGAACCAGCGAGAAGGAGAAGGAAACAAACGAGGCCUGAGGUGGACGUUAUCGUGAAGACCGGCACCGAACACACAACUUCCCUCUGGACUCUAAAGCGCAGGCUCAGCGUUUCUGGGUUCUUUGCAUCGCCGCCGGACUUGAGAGCAUCAUGAGUGAUUUCGAAGCCCCACAGCUCAGGACAAUCGCCCGGUUCCACUGUCAUCGUUUAAGCCUCAACAGUGGGGAUUUUAUGCAGCGUUUUCAUUUUCAUGGGAGUUUUUUUUUUACAGUGUUUGAAUUUUGAAGGACUUUUAUUCACAAUGCUUGUCUAAGUCCUCCAAUCACUUUUUUGUGAAUUAUAUUGUACAAAAAAUACACUAAUCAAGACAUAGAGGGAUUAAUGUGCACCAAGCAGGGUGGUAGAAACAGAACAGUUGCUGUAGAUGGUUAUAUCAGUACUUUGGGUUACGGCUGUAGUGAAUUUAAAAUGGUCCGUUUUUGGGCAGACGUUGGUGGAAUGUAGACUAAAACUAAACUCUGGUUGCUUCGUCCUUUGGCCUAAAACUGCCCAAUAAAAGUAAACUAUUCAUAUUCAUUGAUUCAAACUCAAAAUGCCAUUCAUCAGGUUUCCACUCAACUAUAUUUCUCCUUUAACCUGAAAUAAUUUAUUCAAGACGGAUACGAUCAGAGUGUUUGUUGUGAGUUAUAUGAAGGGAGAGACGCUUGCUUUAGAACUGAUUUGUUCUCCAAGAUGAUUGAAAUAGUUUUAAGUUAAUUGUCCCAUCAUUUUUGUAAUUCUAUUUUAUUGCCGUUUUUAUUUCUGUGA